AUGAAGCAUGUGAUUCUCGUUUGUGGUAAUUGGAUCUUUGACAACAACAAAUGGUUGUUUGUUGUUGAUAAUGAAAGGGGUUCACGAAUUCUACAAUGUAACGAUCAAAGCAGAUUUGAUGAUUGCAUUGAAAUGGUAUAUGAGGAUUACAGGCUGGAUAACAAGGUAUUUGAUGUUGUCUUGAGUUACAAGAUCUCGAAGAGGUUAUUGCAGGAUUUACCCAGUGAUACACCACCAGUUAUUAUCGAUAAUUCUCGUCAGUUGCACACUUUUCUGGGACAAUUGGAAAGGGUUACAGGUCGACUUUGUGUUGAAGUGAAGAAGAAAAUACAGACUGAUUUGAAUCACAAAGAUUCUGAUGAUGAGAAUUUUACCAUGUAUGGAAUUCCACCAGAAGAAGAGGAUCAACAAUUGCCAAUGAAGAACAGGAGUUCAUCUUUUUAUAUUGAAGAAAAUAAGGAACCUGUUGAUGUCUCAAAGGUAGACUUGUCUUCUGUGAAUUUGGCUGUUGGGCAAAUGUAUGAUACAAAGGAGCACCUAGAAACACGGUUGAAGAUACUAACCUUGGUACAAAGGUUUGAUUAUUUUGUUUACAAAUCGAGACCAACACUAUUGAUUGUCAAGUGUUGGGUUAAAGGAUGCAAGUGGAGGGUAAGAGCUGCAACAAUAAAUCACUUUCCAAAGUUUGAGGUCCGUGUGUUUAUUUCAGCACAUACAUGUUCAGUAACAGAGUGUUCUAUGCAUGCCCGACAAGCAGAUCAUCAUAUUCUAGGAGAGUUGUACAAAGAUUUUGUUGGUGGAGUUGGUCCCAAGGUACUGUCAAUGCAUGUUGCUGAAGCGUUGAAUAAACGUUUUCAUAUCAAGAUGGAUUAUUGGAAGGCAUAUCGAACGCUAAGGCAUGCUCGCGAGUUGGUCAGGGGUAGUCUAGAGAGUGGUUAUGAGCAGAUGCCUACAUAUUUGUAUAUGAUAAAAAGGGCAAAUCCUGGAACUUUUACACAACUUGAAGUUGAUGACGCUCAAAGAUUUAAGUACUGUUUUCUAGCAUUUGGUGCAAGCAUACAGGGAUUUCCAUUCUUGAGGAAAGUGGUUGUUGUGGAUGGUACUUUUUUACAAGGAAAAUACUUAGGGACACUUCUGACAGCAACAGCUCAAGAUGAUGAUAAAAGCCUUUCCAUUAUUUCUGAUAGGCAUCAAUCCAUUGGGAAAGCUAUUAAAAAGAUAGAAGCCAUGAAUCCAACACUAUAUGAGUACCUCGUAAGGGCUGAUGUGCGUAUGUGGACUCGUGUACAUUUCCUAGGUGAUAGGUACAACUUGCUUACAAGCAACAUUGCAGAAUCAAUGAAUAAUGUCAUGUCACAUGCUAGGAGUUAUCCUAUUGUACAACUAUUGGAAGAAAUAAGGUCCAUGAUGACUAGGUGGUUUUCAGAUAGGAGGAGUGAUGCAUUGAAGAUGACCACAGUUUUCUCACGUGGUGUAGAGAAAAUUCUCCAGGGUCGUAUGGAUUAUGCUAAGUUACUUACUGUCCAAGAUAUCGACGAACACCAAGUACAAGUAACAAGUGGGACAUCUCUGCAUGUUGUCAAUUUGAGAGAUAAAAAGUGUACGUGUCGCAGGUUUGACUUGGAGAAGCUCCCUUGUGCACACGCAAUUGCGGCCGGUGAAUACAGAAACAUCUCCCGCAUUUCAAUGAGUCAUCCUUAUUAUCGAAAAAAUUAUGUGUACACUUCCUACGCGAAUGCCAUCAUGCCAAGGGAGUUUGAUAAAUCUGUUCCGGGACAUGUUAUAAUGAAGGUAUGUUCAGCACCGAUCCCUAAACAACAACCAGGUAGGCCAAAGAAUUCAAGAAUUAAAUCCGCAUUGGAGAUUGCAAUGGAAAAGAAGAAACCAAGAAAACUAUACACAUGCGGUAAUUGCAACAAAGUAGGACACAACCGUAAGACAUGUACUCUAUAA